AGCAAAAGCUGCACAAAAAGACAACUGGGUUCAGCAGAGUCUUUACCAAGUAUUUAUUCUCUUUUCUGUUGCCAUAUAGUCGUACUCUUCAGUUUCAUCAAGAGUGUGGUUGAAGAGGAGGAAGAUGGUGGAUGGAGAAGAAAGCUCCCUCAAGAGGUCUAAUUCUCCGUCCUCUUCUGUUGUCAAUGCCGUUGGUCCGUCCUUGGAAUCAUCCGAUUUGAGGGGCGGUAGGAAGCGAGAUUACGGGAUGUUGGCUUUAGUGCCCCCUGGAACGAUGAGCCGGCAGCCAUCUGCGGUCAGGCCUUAUGUUCGAUCCAAGACGCCCAGGCUUCGUUGGACCCCGGAUCUUCAUCAGUGCUUCAUGCAUGCGGUCGAACGGCUAGGCGGAGAGGAUAGAGCGACGCCAAAGAUGGUUCUGCAGAUAAUGGGCGUGAAGGGACUUACUAUAUCUCAUGUGAAGAGCCAUCUUCAGAUGUACAGAAGUAUGAAGGAUGAGCAGAUCAUGCAAGAAGCAGAAGUGGCAGGAAGAAAGAAGGAGAGGGGACGGCGAGUGGCAUAUUCGGAUCAUCUUCCUCGCUGGGAUGCAGUCUACCACCAACAGCAUUACCAGCGCCAAAGCAACAAGGUCGAUCUGACGAUGAAAAACAACACGACCAGCUACCAAAACCAGGGAAAUCAUCACUCCAGCGGGCUCGCUCUCCAGAACAACAGCGUGCACACGAAGGGCUAUGAGACACAACAGGGAUGGAAUAUUGAAACAUCAGCAGGCAAAGGAUGUCCAAGUUCUUACAUCAUCUUCAAAGAUCUGCUCAAAAGCUGCAAAUCCCAAGAGAGUGAGGAAAAGGGAGGAGCACAGGAAGAUGCUGAGACUGAGAAUGCAUGCAAGAGCAAUCAUAGUGGAGAAGAAAAUUCAGCUAAGAAGAGGAUGGUUGAUUGCACAUCAAUGACCACUCUGUCACUGAACUCAGCAGUUCAUGAAGUGCCUUUGGAUCUUACCCUUUGAUCUGAUCUAAGUCGUAUAGCUGACUGAACUUGAUUACUUAUGUUAUACAUUUGUUAUGUGGAUAUAUAGUUUAUGCAUGUGUAUGUCUGUUGGUUGCAUCACCAUCUUCUGACCUGGACUUCCCUCAAGUACAUGUGGGUGACAAUACAUUCACAUAGAUGAUAAAUAAAAGAGUAUGUUCAUACUU